CCACCCUCUCCUUCCUGCCCUUACAGACAGGUUCUCUCCCUCUUGCCCUUCUCCACAUGUUCUCUCCCUCCUGCCCUCUGUCCGCAGGUUUGCUCGCUCAUGUCGUUACCCUGGAUGCCCCUGCCAGCCUACCCUGUUCCUCGUGCCCCUAUCCACACGUUCUCUCCAUCCUUUCAUUGACCUCGAGAUCUCUCCCUCAUGUCGCUGCCCUUGCCCGCCUACUCUCUCCCUCCUGCCCCUUCCCACAGAUCCAUUACGAAACCUCGCGCGACCGGAUGUGCAUCGAUGCGCCUGAUGCGGGCAUUGACUUCUACACGACCUUCUACCUCCGCAUGGUGGACCUUCACACGGUUUUGGUGAUGGAGGGCUACGACGUGUCUUUCGUGGCUGUUCAGGAGGCAAUGACCGACAACAACUACAACGAUAAGUUCAAGCGUGUAUGGACGCAGUGGAAGAACGAGCGGGGGUUCCUGAUCAAGAGGCGGGUGUUGACGGAGCUAGGGGUGAAGGUCAAGUGGGCGAGGGGCUCCAAGAUCCAUGUGGACCUUGAUGACAAGAUGGCCCUCUGGCAUGACUUCAAGCCUCGAAGGAGGUUUGGGCAGUUGGUGAGCACCUGGGGCUCGGCGAAGCCACCCCCAGGGGUGCACUCCGGGCAGCCUUUUGCCAACAAGAUCUUCUUUCAGGCGGCGUUCGAUGCGUUUCAGCAGUGGGCUGUGGCGGGGAAGCUCUGUCUGAAGGCGUAUCACAUUGCCUGGAUUAUCAUGGUGGUCGACUAUGGGCUGACCCGCCGCAGGCACACCACGAUGGGCCUCUCUAACUCACACCCCAAGAACAAGGCCUGGAUAACGGACCUUCACAAGAGGGUGCGACAGGUGGUCAUUGACCACUUCAGCAACUACCCCAAGGAGUACAGCAAGGACAUGCGGGGGUGGAAAUGGGGAGAGUAUGUGCAGGGGUGGCAUCACCACACCGUUCAGGGCAGGGGACGGAUACAACUGGGACGGAAGUGGAGCCAAGUAUUGGCGUGGGCUCUGGAGGGAAGGGUCUGUCAGCAUCAUUCUGAAGGGGCAGCCAUCCCACAAUGGGAGGGGCUUAUUGCAAGCGCCAGUACUGGCGUGUGCUGGGUUCAUAACCAUGGGGUGUUUGCAGAUGCAUGAUGUGGCAGCGUCGUUUGAGGGGUGGGGUGCUGGCAGCGAAAUGAUGUGAAACAGGU